AUGGGCGACUCAUGGGACGACCUUCCGCUUGGUCUUUAAACUGAGAAGCUUUGAGGGGGCAGGCAGGCAGCGAGGUAUCAUCAGGGUAUAGCUAGCUGCGAGUGCGAGCCAAUAGAUUCCUUGGUAGCAGGGGUGGUCUGCGCGCAUCAUUCAUACGAACUUUUCACUCAGGCUAAGGCAUCCAUCAACGCCACAACAACGCCUUUGAGGCUUCAUCAUAUUUUCUACUUUUAAGGUACCAUUUAGCAUCAGUAGGAAGCAACAAAGUACAUCCAAUAUGGCGGUAAAAUUACUUUUAAUAAGCCUUUUUGUGGCCACCUGUAUUCAGGUUUCAUUGUCUUCGCUGUCAAUGACGGCCGUUUCGAGCAUGACGCUUCCUUGGAACAUCGUACCAAGAGGAGGAGGUAGGACGGAACCCCAAUAUGGUCUAAACAGAGGUGCGGCCGAGAAGACUGCAUUAGACGUAGAUAACAUGGUCGCCUACACUGGAGGGCAUAACCUCUUGCAUGUUAUCAACUUCACCGACGUCGUUAGACCCAGGAUCGUGAGGUCGUUACGCGUUCUAGACCCUAUCAUAGACAUCGCAGAAUGUGGCAACCUGGUAGCCUUCACGAGUCGACCUAGGCGAAGCCGCACUGAUCCAGGCAUGGUACACAUCUACCAGAAAUACCCGGUCUUCGGCAGCCUGUGCAACUUAACAGUUGGAAGCAACCCUAAGAGUCUGAAAUUCGACUACAAGUGCGACACCAUCAUCAUCGCCAACGAGGGACCAGCGGCAGAGAACGUGGAGCAGGAGAUGUUUGUGAACCCAGAAGGCACCGUCAGUGUGGUACGCAUUAACAACACAUUCGUCAACCCUGCCUUGUCCAUGUGUCAACCUAUGCCGUACGGAUCGGACGUCAGGCACAUUGACUUCCGACUCUUCAACGAUCCUGCACUAGCACCUCUGAUGGAACAGCAGUUUAUCCGAAACACAUACAAAGGUCAAAUGGAUGGAGAGCAACAUACAUUCUCUAUGAACGUUGAACCUGAAUAUGUCACGCUUGAUCCAUGGCAACCGACCGCUUGGGUCACCCUUCAGGAAAAUAAUGCUAUUGCCGAGGUAUGGUACGAAAACAUGACGGCCAUCAUUCAUCCUCUUGGACUCAAGAACUGGACCAAUUAUGGCAUCGAUGCCAGCACUAUGGACGCUAAGACAAGACAAAAUGAACCAAGGCGAGGAAUCAAGUUUAAUCGUUAUCCGAUCGAAAGCUUACUUCAAGCAGAUGCCGUUGAAAUGAUGGAUAUUAACGGUGAGGUGUUCCUAAUCACAGCCAAUGAGGGCGCCCCAUUAAAUUACGUAUGCCAAAGUUGCGAGGUGGAAACUGAAUACAUGGAGAUGGAAGAGGCGGCAGAACUAGCCGGAGAUUAUUUAAUUUCUGAACGUGUAAAUCCCGAAGUAAGAAGAGCGAUGACUGAUCCAGCCCGACUCGGUCAGCUACGUAUCAGCUUAGUCGAUGGUCUCCAGGAACAAGGCUCAGAGAUGAUUGACAGACCAGUCUUCUUUGGUGGGCGUGGUAUCUCGAUGUUCAAAGUAAACCCCUAUGGGUUGGACUUGGUGUGGGACAGUGGCGAUUCAAUCUCGAAGGGGGUGCAAGACUUACACCCCAACGCUUUCAACCAUCCACCCUUCGGAAACCAAGAGGUCAUGGAGCAAUUAGUUAUCCCUAGUAACCUCAUUAACAGACGAUGGGAUAGUUGGUCUCCCUUCAUGGGACCCGAAUGCCAGUCGCUUGCAAUUGGUCAAUACAACAUGACCCACAAGGUGAUCAUCGUCGGCAUCAAAGGUGCAAACGCCCUGGGUAUUUUCACCGUGCCUCUCCUCGGUAACUACACUCAGCCGAACUUCGAAUCUGUCUACAGGGACGGGGAUAUCCGUGGCAAUGUGAUGAAGAGCUACAACCAGAUCUACCGCGCUGACGUUCUAAAGCCGGUCGGUGACCACGGCAUCGGCAAUCUAGACCCGGAUUCAAUUCAGUUUGUCCCCGCUGAUAGGAGCCGUAGUCGCCCCCCUAUGGUGUUGGUUACCAGUAGAGUGAGUGGCACCGUCAACCUUUAUAGAAUUUCUGAAGUUCCAAGGGCUCAGCUCCUCAGACAACAGAGAACUUCUCUUGAUGGAGGCGUCGGAUGCAUAGCGCCCUCUACGACAUUGUCAUUGUUGUUCUCAAUCCUGACUCUUCUGUACGUCACAUUACGUCACUAAACCUCACAACUGUAUGCUCAGAAUAUACUGAUCACGUGAUUAUUGAUUCUUUAACACUUGUGAAACAGUCAUUCCACAUUUGUGGUUCACCCCAAUAACUUUCGAUUCAGAACCCUAAAAAAUAUACCAGAUGCAUGAACAGACAGGGCAAAAAUUUCCUCAUAAACUGUGUCCAUUUCUGUUGCAUGACCACAUUUGAUCUGAUCCCAGGAAUUUCAAUAAGGAAAAUAAACUUUACAAUCCCUAAACUUGAAACAUUGAGAGGUUCAAGCCAUUGUUUAAUCGAUUAAAGUGUCCUAUUUUGAUUUUCAACUUACCCAUGUAUAUUGUAUUGUACAUGUAAUAUCUAGAAAUAUGUUAAUACCUUAAAAUACCUAAACAAGAGAAACAUUUCAUGUAUUGCUGUAAAUAGCCCUUUGUGAAGGAAUGUAGUGUAUAUAUUAUUGAAUUCAGUAGAGCGCAUCGCUUUUUGGUUUUAUACUAUCAUGUUUGAAACAUGCUGGUAACCGAACGGUUGAUUUACAUAUGAAUUUAUAAGCAUUUUAAUUAGGUAUAUUCAGUAACUAUUAGUGGUCAUCAGCAAAACUUGGAUCCUACGUAUGCUACUAUUUUUUGAUCUGCUUGUAAUAUUUUGCACUUCUCACUACAGACAUUUACUUUUUUCACGAUCUCUUCUCCAUUUUGUUCAUCAUGCUCGCUGACUACGUCUGUCUUUUCUCCUCUCUUCUACAUUUUGCAUUCUCACUCAUGUCCUUUCAAAUCUUCUCCCAUUUUCUCUUUCUCUCCCCCGAUUAGUAUCCAGGACGCCGUUUCUUGAAACCGUCAUGAGUCUAACUUCUUGGACAUCUCAUUGAAACGUGUGUUUCAGAGUUAACACGCUUCCAUGGGAUGUCCAUGAACUUAGACUCAUGACGGUUUCGAGAAACUUGUUCCUGUUCUUUUUAUUAUCCCCAUCCCCCUUCUCUUCCCUAUGAUCUCCUCUUUAUUUCUUACUUCGGACACUGAGCUUUAUAAUUGUUAACAAAGUAUACUCCGAUAACGUGAUUGCAAAGACCUUCGGAAAAUCAACUUGAUUUCAAUUAAUUUCAAGUAGGGUCUAAUUUCAAUAGCCUUGUAAAUCACCAAUUGACCAUUAGAAUGAGGUUUUAGGUAAACCAAAUAUGAUUUCUUUGGAAUAUAUAUGACGGUAUUGAAAUAUCUUUUGAGUUGAUUUCUCGAAAGCCUUGCGAUUGUGUUUAAUGGAUGCUCUGAUAAAUUAUCGUUGUGUUUAUCUUGAAUUUAUUGCAGAUUAUGAUAAACGUUAAGUAUAGUUUAAAAUGUAUCACAUGACAUAAUUAAAGGAUAGUAUUAAUAAUCACAUAUGUUAAUA